AGGAAGGAACAGUUCUGCUCUUGGAGCAUCUAGCUGGCAGUUUGGCGUCUGCGAUCCCGGUGAGCACCCAGCUGGACAUAGCAGCUCAGCAUCAUCUCUUUAUGAUGGGCCGAAACGGCAGCAACAUCAAGCAUAUCAUGCAGAGAACUGGUGCUCAGAUCCACUUCCCCGAUCCUAGUAAUCCCCAGAAGAAAUCCACAGUCUACCUCCAAGGCACAAUCGAAUCAGUCUGCCUUGCCAGACAAUAUCUCAUGGGCUGCCUUCCUCUUGUGCUGAUGUUUGAUAUGAAGGAAGAAAUUGACGUAGAACCACAUUUUAUUACCCAGCUGAUGGAGCAGCUAGAUGUCUUCAUCAGUAUUAAACCAAAGCCAAAGCAGACGAGUAAGUCUGUGAUUGUGAAGAGCGUUGAGCGAAAUGCCUUAAAUAUGUACGAAGCACGGAAAUGUCUCCUGGGUCUGGAAAGCAACGGCAUUGCCGUAGCAACACACCCCUCCCCCAUCUCUUGCCCAGUUGGCCUUCCUUGCCCUGGCUUGGACAUCUUGACCUCAGCUGGCCUUGGACUAACUGGACUUGGUCUUUUGGGUCCAACCACUUUAUCUGUCAACACAUCCACAUCUCCAAACUCCCUCCUAAAUGCUCUCAAUAGUUCGGUUAGUCCUUUGCAGAGUCCAAGUUCAAACACGCCAAGUUCAACUUUCUGGGCUUCCUCAAUCGCUAAUACAAGCACUACAGGUUUCUCUGCUAUUCCUCACCUGAUGAUGCCGCCUACUGCACAAGCCACAUUAACCAGUAUCCUGUUGUCGGGAGUGCCCAACUACAGUCAAAGCACACCGUCUCCCCCUCCUGGCUUAACACCUGUUGAUAUUCAUGUGAAUGGCAUGCAAGUAGAGAACAAGAAAAAUGCAACCUCAUCAUUAAAUGGUCAUGUAAAGACCUCAGCUAUGAAGUAUCCUGCAUUCUCUGCCACAGCUCUCGGUGAAAAUGUAUUAAGUGCAAACCACAGCGAACCUUCUCGGACGAUUGGUAGCCAUAAUGCCUCUGAACAAGUGACGGCCAAGACAAACCCUGGCGAAGGUUGCAAUGAUGCUUUUGUAGAAGUGGGCAUGCCCCGGAGUCCUUCGCACUCCGCUAAUGCCAACGAUCUCAAGCAGAUGAUGAGCGCCUCGAAGCAAUCCUGCACAAAGAGGCAGGCGGUGGAAUUACUGCAAGGCACCAAAAAUUCUCAUUUACACGCGGGCGAGAGAUUGCUGUCGGAUUCUGAGAUGAGUGCUUCAGAGACCACAGUGGCUGAUAAAAAGGCACCUGGAAGUGAAAGGGCAGCAGAGAGGGCGGCCGUGGCACAGCAGAACUCUGAAAGAGCACACCUGGGCCCCCAGUCGACAUAUGUGGACAUGCAGGCAUUUGACUACGAACAGAAGAAGCUACUGGCAACCAAAGCUAUGCUGAAAAAGCCUGUUGUUACGGAGGUGAGAACUCCCACCAACACCUGGAGUGGGUUGGGCUUUUCCAAAUCGAUGCCAGCCGAAACAAUUAAGGAGCUGAGGAGGGCCAACCACGUAGCCUACAAACCAUCUAUGUCGACAACCUAUGAGGGUUCCUCCAUGUCUCUCUCCCGAUCCAACAGCCGGGAACACCUGGGGAGCGGGAGCGAUUCCGAUAACUGGAGAGAUCACAAUGGCAUCAGUUCAACUGCUCCGGGCGACUUUGUUUCUUCCAUCGGCAGCCCUAAACGGAAACAGAAAUCAAGCGAGCAUUAUCUCAGCAGUAGCAACUACAUGGAUUGCAUCUCCUCCCUGAUUGGAAGCAACGGCUGUAACCUGAACAGUCUGUUUAAGGGAUCUGACCUACCUGAGUUAUUCAGCAAACUGGGCCUGGGUAAAUACACAGACAUAUUUCAGCAACAAGAGAUUGAUCUUCAGACGUUCCUCACGCUAACAGAUCAGGAUCUGAAAGAGCUUGGAAUUACCACUUUUGGUGCACGAAGGAAAAUGCUUCUGGCAAUCUCAGAACUGAACAAAAACCGAAGAAAACUCUUUGAACCCUCCAAUGUCCGAGCCUCGUUUCUGGAAGGCGGCGCUAGUGGACGGCUGUCUCACCAAUACCAUUCGGACAUUGCCAGCGUGAGCGGUCGUUGGUAGCAGGAACAGGAGGCUUUUACAGUUGACUGCACAACUCCAUGGAUACGGCAAUCCUGUGGACCAUCACCACUGCACACCACCCUCUGCACUUGGGAGUUUAGGUACCAAGGACCAAAGUCUUUUUUUUUGCACAACUUCCUGUGGCAAAAGAAAGAGAGAAAGAACACUCGUCUGUCUUUCCACGCACCCAAUGUGGAUUACGCCUUACUCUUCUAGAUUGGACAGAAUUUGCAAUAAUAUUGGGGGGGGGGGGUUUGGGGUGUUUGGUAUUUUAUGACUUAUAAUAACUAUAUUGUAUGCACUGAAUGGAUUUUUUAAAAACUUUUUUGAAUAGAGAGUGAUGGGCAGGGAUGCCAGAGGGGGUCAUUGCUUAUGGGUUUUUUUAUCAAGGAAAUUUCUGGUACUGCUUAAUAAUUAAUAGAGGUCUUUCUGCACUUUAUGUGUUCGGAUUGCUUUUCCUGUGGAAAUUUUUAUUACUUUCCUCUAAUUUCCAUGGGAAAAAAAAAGAUUACGGUAGUGGCGCUAACCAAUGUUUGCCAGGUGCAUUCCACUCCAGGUGAAAAGGCUCCCCCCCCCUAAAAGGUACUAACGAGUUGAAAUGUAGAGAGGAUGGUGAUGGUUUUAUUUAGACAACUGUAGGGAAUUUUCCCGUAAUCAGUUCUAUGAAGAGGAGUCUGCAGCCUCCUUUGGAAGGAAGUCUUGAGAAAUAUUUGCGACUGAGUUUGCCCACUGCAAACCAAGCAGUGAAAGACCAAAACAGAGUGUGUUGCCAUCGCUAAUCCUAGUUAGCUGCUGCCUUCAAUGCUAAACCGGAUUUUAAUGAUGAUCUCAAACCAAGGACUGUUUUUAGUAUAAACUGCCACUAAAGGACACUUUAUUUAUAGCAAACGUCUUAUUUUUAGAACCUGUACACUUAGAGCGCAUAAGAAAUUAAACUGAUUCUACUAAAGAGUUUAUGGUAGAGGAACAUGAAGCAUAUCUCUAGGCCCUUCAUUCAUUUGAACAGAGCAUACAUUUCAUUUGACAAGACUUGUCUCUAUUCCCCUACGGAACAUUGCUGACAUGAUUCUCCCAUUUAAGAGCUGGUCAGGUUGUGACAUCUGCCUCCUUGACUUAAGUCCACGAUUGUCUGCCACCAAGGUUUUGAGUUGGGCUACUUCCAGAACUCUGUAUUGGAGCAAAGAGUUUGUGGGAUGUCUUGGUAGGGCAAACAGUGAUGUUCUCACCUUGUAAAAGAUCUAGAAAUCCAAUUAUAUUGUCUCUGUCAAAUGAUUUGGUAUAAAUUUAUGAAGGAUGAAAUGAAGUUGCCUCUCAGUGAUGCAAAAUGAUGUUUCUGAACACGAAUUUAUCAAUAGAAGAAAAACAACAUUCCCAUUGCAUAUAUUGUGAAUUACUUGUACUGUAAUUUUUCCUUUUUUUAUUUAUGUACAAUGUACAAACCCUUUAGGGUGGAGGCAAACCACUCUCCAGAAAGGCAUUAACAAUUACCAUGGUGGUUUUUAAAUAUAUAUAUAUAUAUGUAUAGAUAUAUAUGCAACAUAGAGGUGAGGAAGAGUUUUGACACUUUUUGUGGAUAUAUUUCAUUUCCGUCAUGAAGGAGACACCAACACAAAGGGAAGAUUAGAAAGGUGAAAGCUUAGUUAAAAUUAGAAAAUAAUAAUCAGCUGUACAUCAGAAUUCAUUUUAAUCACAACCUAUGACAUCUCAACAGCUUCUCACUCCUGCUGAAAUAGCUGCUGAUAUUUCUCUGAUUUUUGGAAAAAAACAGCCGGAUGAGCACAGCGAGUGCUUUUUCUCAGUCUGGAGUUGUGCAUUAUUCAGGAAACAAAUAUUGGUUUUUUUUUUCUUUUGAAACAUAGUCUGUCUGUCAAUUUGUACAAAAUGGAGGUCCAGAUAUUUUCAAAGAACGCUACGUGUUUUAUCGUGGCUGCUCCCUUCGGUGGGAAACUCGGCAUUGUGUUGUGAAGCACAACUGUUGUUAAAAGUUCAGGACCUCGGGAGGUGGUGAAGCAUUUCACCCCAUGUGGAAAACUAACGUUGUUUAAUCUGUGCCAGAGUGAUUCAGUUGAGUCUUUUGGUUUACGUUGAGACCUAACACACAAUGUAUUCCACUGGAGAUUUCUCACUCUCUCUCUCUCUUGGAUUUUGUGAUAUUUUCCCCCCCAGUUUGAACUCAAAUGGCCGAAUGCUUUGAUAGUGAUACCCUUGGAAGACGCAUUUAAGCUGCAGUGGUCUAUACUGAAGCAAAGAAUGUCUGAGAUAUAACGGGAAUAAGAAAUUCCCCUUCCACUGAGACACCCACCCACAUACCCCACUGGGAAAGCAAAACUUUGUUACUCAUUUGGAUUCCACGAGAGGAGAAAAAAUGGCAACGCAACAUUCAGUAUUGUCAGUAUUGUAUUAAUGCACAAAGAGUACCGAAGCAUUCGUUUUAAAAUAUUGUGCCUUUAUAGCGACCAGUUAUCUGUAAAUAUAGAGCAGAUACAGAUUGUAUUUGGGGAGGGAUGGAUCCUUUUUAGUGAUUUUUUUUAAAGGUAAAUAAAUAAAUAAACUAUGGAAUGAAACAUUUACAAAUGGAGAAUUUCAAACUAAUCAAAUGUUACAUGAAAGAAUAAAUUUAUAUAACCCUUGUUA